AUGUCGUUCAAUGACAGGAGAGAGUACGACGAGAAGGCCUUGCCUUCCAAGUUCAAUCGAGUAGACGAUGAAGACGAGGACGAAGACAUUGAUGCUCUGAUUGAGGAGCUCGAGUCGCAGGAUGCCGGCGUCGACUACGAUGAAGAGGAAGAGGUACAGGCCGGUGCCGCUCGUGUCGUUCCUGAAGAGCUUCUGCAGACCGAUGUGCGCAUUGGUCUAACUGCCAGUGAAGUCGUCUCCCGCCGCAAGAAGUUCGGGCUCAACCAAAUGAAGGAGGAGAAGGAGAACCUGGUUCUCAAGUUUCUCAUGUUCUUCGUCGGUCCCAUCCAGUUCGUCAUGGAGGCCGCUGCCGUCUUGGCUGCCGGUCUUCAGGAUUGGGUCGAUUUCGGUGUCAUCUGUGCUUUGCUCCUGCUCAACGCCUGCGUCGGUUUCAUCCAAGAGUUUCAGGCUGGUUCUAUUGUCGCCGAGUUGAAGAAGACGCUCGCCCUCAAGGCCACAGUCCUCCGCGACGGGCAGCUUGUCGAAGUAGAGGCACCCGAGGUUGUCCCUGGUGAUAUCCUGCAGGUCGAGGAAGGUACCAUCAUCCCCGCUGAUGGCCGCAUCAUUACCGAUGAUGCCUUUCUUCAGGUCGACCAGUCAGCGAUCACCGGUGAGUCCCUUGCUGUCGAUAAGCACAGGGGCGAUGUCUGCUAUCAGUCUUCUGCGGUCAAGCGUGGUGAGGCUUUCAUCGUCAUCACCGCCACUGGUGACUCCACCUUUGUUGGUCGCGCUGCCUCUCUCGUUGCCAGCGCCUCCAGCGGGACCGGUCACUUCACUGAGGUCCUUAACGGCAUCGGCACGGUUCUUCUCAUCUUGGUUAUCCUAACCCUCUUGGUCGUCUGGGUUAGCUCCUUCUACCGAUCCAACGGCAUCGUUCACAUCCUCGAAUUUACCUUGGCCAUCACCAUCAUCGGUGUUCCUGUCGGUCUUCCCGCUGUCGUAACCACCACCAUGGCUGUCGGAGCCGCCUACCUGGCAAAGAAGCAGGCUAUCGUCCAGAAACUCAGCGCUAUCGAGUCUCUGGCCGGUGUGGAAAUCCUCUGCUCUGAUAAGACGGGUACCCUGACAAAGAACAAGUUGUCUCUUGCCGAGCCCUUCACCGUCUCCGGUGUCGACCCCGAGGAUCUCAUGCUUACCGCCUGCUUGGCCGCAUCGCGCAAGAAGAAGGGUAUCGACGCAAUCGACAAAGCCUUUCUCAAGAGUCUCAAGUUCUACCCGCGUGCUAAAAACGUACUUAGCAAGUACAAGGUUAUUGACUUCCAUCCAUUCGACCCCGUUUCCAAGAAGGUCCAGGCUGUCGUUGAGUCUCCUCAAGGUGAGCGUAUCAUCUGCGUCAAAGGCGCUCCACUUUUCGUGCUCAAGACGGUCGAGGAGGACCAUCCUAUCCCCGAGGCCAUCGACGAAGCAUACAAGAAUAAGGUCGCCGAAUUUGCUACCCGUGGUUUCCGUUCUUUAGGCGUGGCUCGCAAGCGCGGCAACAUGGGCUGGGAGAUACUUGGCAUAAUGCCAUGCUCGGAUCCGCCUCGCCACGAUACUGGCCGCACUAUCAACGAAGCCAAAACUCUCGGUCUCUCCAUAAAAAUGUUGACUGGUGAUGCUGUCGGUAUUGCUAGGGAAACAUCUCGUCAGCUCGGUCUAGGAACGAAUGUCUACAAUGCUGAGCGUCUCGGUCUUGGUGGCGGCGGUGAAAUGCCCGGUUCUGAGGUGUAUGAUUUUGUGGAGGCGGCUGAUGGCUUCGCCGAGGUCUUCCCACAACACAAGUACAACGUCGUUGAGAUUCUGCAACAACGUGGCUAUCUUGUCGCCAUGACGGGUGACGGUGUGAACGAUGCACCUUCGCUGAAAAAAGCUGAUACUGGUAUUGCGGUCGAGGGCGCCUCUGACGCUGCUCGUUCCGCUGCCGAUAUCGUGUUCCUGGCCCCCGGUCUCUCUGCCAUCAUCGAUGCGCUUAAGACUUCGCGCCAGAUCUUCCACCGCAUGUACGCAUACGUCGUCUACCGCAUCGCCUUGUCGCUGCAUCUGGAAAUCUUCCUCGGUCUCUGGAUCGCCAUCCUGAACACGUCCCUUAACUUGGAACUUGUCGUCUUCAUUGCCAUCUUCGCCGACAUCGCCACCCUCGCCAUCGCGUACGAUAACGCUCCAUUUAGCAAGACGCCCGUCAAAUGGAACCUACCCAAGCUCUGGGGUAUGUCCGUCCUCCUUGGCGUUGUUCUAGCUGUUGGUACUUGGAUCACGCUCACCACAAUGUUCCCGUACCACAAUGAUUCCCUCACGAAUGGCCAGGGUGUCGGCGGCGGGAUCGUCCAGAACUUUGGUGUUCGUGACGAGGUUCUCUUCCUUGAAAUUUCGCUCACCGAGAACUGGCUCAUCUUCAUCACCCGUGCCAAUGGCCCGUUCUGGUCGUCAAUCCCAUCGUGGCAGCUGUCUGGAGCUAUCCUAGUUGUCGACAUCCUUGCCACCCUUUUCUGCAUUUUCGGCUGGUUCGUCGGCGGCAAAACCAGUAUCGUCGCUGUCGUGCGUAUCUGGAUCUUCUCCUUCGGUGUGUUCUGCGUCAUGGGCGGCAUCUACUAUCUUCUCCAGGGUAGUCAGGGCUUCGACAACCUCAUGCACGGCAAAUCACCCAAGAAAGACCAGAAGCAGCGCUCAUUGGAGGACUUUGUCGUCUCCCUUCAACGCGUGUCGACCCAGCACGAGAAGAGUGCGUGA